GGACGAUUGAGAAUCUCCAAGACCUGAUGGACUUUCCUUCUUCCAGGUCAGUGUGGAGAAAUGGAAUCUCUACAACGCCGCUCGAGUUCACAUUCACCGACCUUCUUGUGUUGCGGUAGAAGUUCAGAGACUCAACGGCUUGGAGCUGGAGAAGAAGAUUGGAAAGUCCAUCCUUGGAAAGGUUCACCUGGCCAUGGUUCGUUACCACGAAGCUGGCCGAUUUUGCGAGAAGGAUCAGGUGUGGGACCAAGAUUCAGCUCUCUUCCACCUGGAACACGCAGCCGAGUGUGGAGAGCUGGAGGCCAUCGUAGGGCUGGGCCUCAUGUAUUCUCAGCUACCUCAUCACAUCCUCGCAGAGGUCCUUCUGCAGGACACAAAGCAAAACAGAAUCAAGGGCUUUGAAUAUUUGCGCCGAGCAGCCGAAGCUGGCGACCGUCCUUCCAUGAUUCUUGUUGCAAGAGCUUACGAUACGGGCGUGAACCUGGCGCCAGACAGAAAGCGGGAUUGGAGAGAAGCUCUGCAUUGGUACGACAAAGCUUUGAACAUGACCGAUUAUGAUGAAGGGGGCGAGUAUGACGGCACUCAGGAUGAACCUCGUUAUCUCCUCCUUGCCAAAGAGGCAGAGAUGCUGAUGACGGGAGGAUUUAACUUGGACCAGGAUCUGCAGAGGUCAGGAGAUCUUUACACGGAAGCCGCCGAAGAUGCUAUGCAAGCGAUGAAAGGCCGGCUAGCCAACCAAUACUACCAGAAAGCCGAAGAGGUUUGGGCCAUGAUGGAAGAAUGAAAAACAGCAAAAGGCCCUCUCUUUCCUUGUAUAUUUCGAUACAGAGACCCUUUUUAAUAAUUUAAAAAAAGAAAAAAAUAUUUUGUUCUGAAGCUGUAUGGAGAACCAGGAGAGAAAAAAAGAGACUUUUAUAUAUAUAUAUAUAUUUCUUCUCUGCUUUUAUCCGUAGGAUUCUGAAAAUGGAGGGGAUACUGGGAACUGAUCUUCUCUUUAACAUGUGUUUUUUUUAAAAAAACUUAUUCAGGUCUCAUUUGGCAGACUCCAAAUCUUCUGUAUGUGGUGAUGGAAUGCAGUUCUGAUUCCUCUUUCAAUAUUUUUUUUUCUUUUGUGCAAUUUUUCGAAGUCAGAUUUUUUUUUUUAAAGACAAAAACAUAAAUUUGGAAGAGGUCGUAUAGAUUCUCCGUGUUUUGCUAGGAAAUUCAUUCUUGUAGGUCUCUUGCCUGGCUUGCUGGCCUCAUUCUCCAGAAUAUUUUUUUUUUGUCUAUAAAUGAGAUUUUAUU